AAACGAAAAUGUCAGAAGUUAAAGAAACACAAACCACAACUUUUUUUGAAGGGAGAUUCGAUAUAUCUCUAUUAUUUGACACACUUGACUUUGCGGCGAAAAAACAUUCCCAGCAGAAACGUAAAGAUCGAGAAGGAACGCCAUAUAUCAACCACCCGAUUGGCGUGGCCAAGAAUCUCACUGACGCCGGUAUUACGGACUUCGCAACUAUACAAGCUGCUAUACUGCAUGAUACAGUGGAAGAUACUGAAACAACUUUUGAAGAAAUAGAAAGUAAAUUUGGAAAUGAAGUUAGAAAGAUCGUAGAAGAAGUUACCGAUGAUAAAUCGUUACAGACGGCUGAGAGAAAGAGACUACAGAUCGAACAUACUCCACAUAUAUCAGAUAAGGCUAAAUUAGUCAAGCUCGCAGAUAAACUAUAUAAUUUAAGAGAUAUGCAACGUUCUGUACCUGUGAACUGGUCAAAAGAUCGCGUGCAAGAGUAUUUUGUAUGGUCUAAAAAAGUGACAGAUGGUGCGAAAGGUAUUAAUCAAUUAUUGGAUGAUCAGUUGGAAGAUUUAUAUCAAAAUGGAACAUUUGAACUUGAUAAUGAAACAUACGAAUCUUAUCCAAAAUAA